AUGGUUCAUCUAUAUUCUAAGGCAAAUGAGAAUGAUUCAAGCAAGCCUAAGGAGAAAGAGGUGUUGGGAAGAAGAGAGCCUCCAAAAGAAUAUCAAAUUGGGAACCCUAUUUCAAGGGAUAUGCCAUUCCCUAAGGCCUUGACUAGAUUUGCUAAGAAAGGGCAAGAAGAAGAUAGGCAUGAUGUGUUUGAUAUGUUAAAGAAGGUGGAAGUGAACAUACCAUUUCUUGAGAUGAUAAAAAGCAUGCCUAAGUGUGCAAAGUUUUUGAAGGAGUUGUGCAAUAAUAAAAAGGGAUUCAAACCAUUAGUUGCAGUUCAAAUGAGUCUUAAUAUUAAUUCUGUCUUCAAGCCACAACUCCCUCUAAAGUAUAGAGAUCCGGGGGCAUGUACCAUUCCUUGUCAAAUAGGGAAUAUGUUUGUUCAAGAAGCCUUGAUUGACCUAGGGGCAGCCCUCAAUGUGAUGCCCACUCACAUUUAUUCUUCCCUUAAUCUUAGUGGUCUUCAAGAUUGUAGUGUCAUCUUGCAACUAGCCGACCAGAGCACAAGGAAGCCUAAGGGAUUCUUGGAAGACAUCUUAGUAAAGGUCAAGGAUUUGGUUUUUCCAGUAGAUUUUUAUGUGUUGGAUAUGCAAGAAGGAGGCCAAGGCACACUCAUCCUUGGGAGACCUUUUAUGAUGACAUCAAGUACUAUAUUGAACAUGAAGGAAGGUUUAAGGACACUUGAAAAGCAUGAACAAAGUGAUUUUAGGGCUGUUAAUGAUCCAAGGGGCAUGCAAAUUGAUCAUGUGGCCUUGAAGUACCUUUUAAAGAAGAAGGACACCAAGUCAUGUUUGCUUAGAUGGAUGCUUCUACUUCAAGAGUUCAAUUUGGAGAUCAUUGAUAGGAGUGGAGCAGCAAAUCAUGUGGCGGAUCACUUGAGUCAAUUGCCUUAUGACUCCAUUAUGGUGAAUUCCUCUUUUGAUUUCCCUUGUGAUGAGUUUAGAGAUAAAUCAUUAUGUGCUAUUUCUUCCCAUAAUGUUGUUUGGUGGGUUGAGGCUAUCCCCACUAGAACUAAUGAUGCUAAAGUUGUGGCAAAGUUUCUUUUGUCUCAUGUAUUUUACAGGUUUGGCAUCCCAAGAGCAAUCAUCACAGACCAAGGGACAUACUUUUGCAACAAGACUAUCUCCUCUUUACUUCAAAAAUAUGGUGUUCUACACAAGGUGGCAACCCCAUAUCAUCCUCAAACAAAUGGGUUAGCCGAGUGUUCGAACAAGGAGAUCAAGUAUAUCCUUCAAAAGAUUGUGAGACCAAAUAGGAAGGAUUGGAGCUCAAGACUUGAGGAGGCUCUUUGGGUAUACCGGACCACCUUCAAGACACCCAUUAGGAUGUCUCUAUUUAGGUUAGUCUAUGGUAAGCAAUGUCACCUCCUGGUGGAGAUUGAGCACAAAGCCUAUUGGGCUGUGAAGGCUUGUGUAUUUGGUGAGGAGGGUGUAGCUGCCUCAAGGAAGCUCCAACUUCAAGAAUUGAAGGAGUUUGAGAUUGGAAGCGUAUGA